AUGACGUCGUCGUCCAUCCUCUGGUUUCUAGUUUCUUGUUCGAUUCUUACUGGUGUUGUCGUUAAUGCUGAGCUCUGUCCGCAAGCCUUGGCCGAUCCGUUUGCAGCGUUUAAAACUCAUUUCCUCCUCUGGACAAGACGCAAUCCAAUUGUGUUUCAACCAUUGAUUGUCGGCAAUCCAAUUCUCCUGGGUGUUUCCAACUACGAACCAACCAACCCUACCAUAAUCUACGCUCACGGUUGGACAGAUAAUGGUCAAAAUAUUUUAAGUCUUCGAAUGCGUGACAGUUUUCUCCAGAGGGAAGACUGUAAUUUUAUUUCUGUCGAUUGGCAAUUUUUGGCUUUGCCACCCGCUUAUCCUAAAUCAGUGGCGAAUGUCCAGCCUGUAGGAGAGCUCACUGGGAAUUUAGUCAAUUUCUUGAUUUCUCAGGGAGCUGACCGUCUCAAAUUUCACUUGUUGGGCUUCAGUUUGGGAGCUCACGUUGUUGGCCGAGCAGGGCUGACUACCACCGACAUCAUGCCCAGAAUAACAGGAUUUGACCCGGCAUUCCCGUGUUUCGAGAAAGCCAAUAGGGAUGAAAUUAUCGACAGUACAGACGCUGAGUUUGUAGACAUUAUCCACACUAACGCUGGCCUUUUAUUCCAAAAGAGCCUAGGAUUUCCGUUCUCUCUUGGGCAUGCAGAUUUCUGGCCUAACGGCGGAUCGAUUCAGCCGGGAUGCGGCCCAGUCGACCUAACGACAAAUGGAACCAUAGGAAAUAUUGCUGCUGCUUUAGGAAGAGGUUAA